AUGUUGAAGUUGACACAAGCAGCUAGAGCAGCUAGAGCAGCCUCAGGAGGCCGCAGGAUGGUACAAUUCGCAGUUGAAACACGGGUGUCGCAGUUGGUGGUUGCCGGUAGAUUUGUAAGACACGUGUCGCAAUUAGCGCAUGUCAAAGCACCACCAUUUCUCCAAAAUGAAGCAGUCAAGAAUUUCGGGUUCAAUGAUGUUAAAGACUGGGACUUGCUAAAAGCUUCAUUGACCAAAUUCACCGAUGAAAGUACGUUGCAGGUGCCUAUAGUUAUUGGCGGCAAGAAAAUCUAUAGGGAGAAAACAAAGCCUCAAGUGAACCCUGCCAAUCACUCGCAGAUUUUGGCCGAUGUGUCGCAAGUGACCACCGAGGAUGUUCAAGCAGCAAUUGAUGCUGCCAAAGCAGCUAAAACAAAAUGGUUACAAACCUCGUGGACCGAUAGAGCAGCGAUUUUCUUGAAAGCUGCCGAUUUGAUCUCAACAAAGUACAGAUACGAUAUGUUGGCGGCAACAAUGUUGGGUCAGGGUAAAAACGUAUAUCAAGCCGAGAUUGAUUGUGUUGCUGAGUUGAUCGAUUUCUUCAAAUUCAAUGUGAAAUACGCUGAGGAAUUGUAUGGCCAACAACCAGUUCAGACAUCACCAGGUGUUUGGAACCGCGCAGAGUAUAGACCAUUGGAAGGUUUUGUUUAUGCUGUAACUCCAUUCAAUUUCACCGCUAUUGCUGCUAAUUUGGUAGGAGCUCCGGCAUUGAUGGGUAACACCGUUGUUUGGAAACCUUCAGCCACCGCUGCAUUAUCCAAUUAUUUAUUAUUGACGGUUUUGGAAGAAGCUGGUUUACCUGCAGGAGUUAUCAAUUUUAUUCCUGGGGACCCUGUUGCAGUUAGUGAUAUAGUCAUUAAUGAUGGGGAUUUCGCUGCGUUACACUUCACAGGAUCUACUGAUGUUUUCAAGAAGUUGUACCACAACAUCAGCACUAAUGUAGCCCAGGACAAGUAUAGGGAUUUCCCAAGAAUUGUUGGUGAAACCGGUGGUAAGAAUUUCCAUUUGAUUCACCCUAGUGCUUCAUUAAAUCACUCGGUAUUAUCUACCUUGAGAGGUGCUUUUGAAUAUCAGGGUCAGAAAUGUUCAGCAACUUCUAGAUUAUAUGUUCCAGAAUCACUUUGGCCUGAAUUCAAGAAUAUAUUGUGUGGUCAAAUGUCCCAAAUUAGUAUUGGAGAUACUUCUAACUCAACAACGCUCAAUUCGUUCAUGGGUCCUGUUAUCCAUGAACAGUCGUUCAACAAAUUGGCCAAAGCUAUAGAUGAUGCUAAGCAGGAUCCAGAAUUGGAAAUAGUUAGUGGAGGAUCAUACGACUCAAGCAAGGGGUUCUAUGUCCAGCCAACAUUGAUCAAGACAAGCAAUUUGAACCAUGAGUAUUUAUCAAGGGAAUUUUUCGGGCCAAUAUUAACGGCAUAUGUAUAUCCGGAUGGAGAGUUUAGCAAGGUUAUCGAAUCCAUAGAUUCAGUAAGCAAAUAUGGAUUGACAGGAUCAAUUUUUGCUAGAGAUCGUGAAGCUAUUAGAUUAGCAGAAGAGAAGUUGAGAUAUGCUGCUGGUAAUUUCUAUAUCAAUGAUAAAUCCACCGGAGCAGUUGUUGGCCAACAAUGGUUUGGAGGUGCAAGAGCUUCGGGUACAAAUGAUAAAGCUGGUAGUGGCAACAUUUUAACGAGAUUUGUUUCGAUAAGAAACAUAAAGGAAAACUUUUACGAACUUUCUGGUUUCAAAUACCCUUCAAAUUAUCAGUGA